AAAUAGGCCUGAAAUGGAUUCAACUCACAUCGAGCUUCUCGAACAGUUUGUUCGAUUGCUCAAGGGAAAUCCUUCUCUUAUCCACGAUGAUAAACUUCAAUUUUUCAAAGACUACCUAAUAAGUAUUGGAGCUAAAAUUUCACCCAAACCUGAAACUAACGGAGCUGAUGCUUCGGCUUCCGAAUCAGCCAGCUACUCACCGAAGCCAAAUAAAACCGAAACAACGGAAACAAGUAAACCGGACGUUGAACCAGAAAUACCACCUCCAGAGUACGACAUGGGUUAUGUGAUCGAGGAAGGCGAGUAUGAAGAGGUUGAGCUGCCUGCCGAAGAAGGGGAAGUAACCGAAGAAAUGGCGGACAAAAGCAGUGAACUCAGAAGCCAAGCUAUGUCUGCUUUAAGUGACGGGAAACUGGAGGAGGCCUUAAAUCUGUUUACCGAAGGUGUCAAAUGCAACCCAAGUUCGGCGCCAAUUUUGGCAAAAAGAGCAAGCGUGUUGUGUAAACUCAAGCGACCUUCAGCUGCACUUAAAGACUGUGACCGUGCGCUGAAGUCGAACCCUGAUUCGGCAGUGGCGCUUAUGUGGCGAGGCAGAGCCAACAUGCUGCUCGGGAAUUUCGAGGACGCUCAAAAAGAUUUCAGCCAGAGUGCGAGAAUUGACUCAAACGAAGUUUUGGAGGAUUGGAUCAGAGAAAAUAAACCAAAUGCUACCAAAUCGAGAGACCACAAAUUAGCAGUUGAACGUCAAUCAAAAGAGAGGAUGAUUAAAGAAAAACAAGAGCGUUUGAGAAAAGCGAAAGAGGAGAACGAGAAGGCGGCUCGCGAGGCAGCGGCGGCGGGAGCAACAGGAGGAGGAAUGCCAGAUUUCGGAGCUGGAUUCCCACCCGGAGCAGACGCCGGAGGGGCUGGAAUGGGUGGCAUGCCGGGAAACCUGCAAGAUCUUUUUAGCGACCCAGAAAUCAUGAUAGCUAUGCAGGACCCAGAAGUGAUGAAUGCUUUCAUGGACGUACAGAAGGAUCCGAACAACAUUGCAAAGUAUGCCGGAAACCAGAAGGUGCAAAGUGUGCUGGAAAAACUGGCCAUGAAAUUCGGUGGGGGAGCAGGAUCGGCCCCGGGCGGCUUUGGAAUGUGAAUAGAUUCUUAAACAAACAUGUUGAGCAUUUAGAAAUAUAUGGAAACGGUCGCAGAAAAUAAGUUUCGAAUCUUGAGUGAUUGCAUUAAUUAGCUCAGUGAAAAUUCGGCGAAUGUGCAUAUUUUAAAAGAAAGAAUUGCCUGGAAUUUUUGAAAUUGCGAAAAAAAAACCCGGACGACAUUAGGCAUUAUUUUCUAAAUGCUCGUCGCCGCCUGAACAUAAAAUUAUAUUUUGUAAAUGAUGAAAUGGCUGACUAAAAGAAAUCUGUAAACUUUUGAAUGUUGACAAUGUGUUGUUCGUUUAUACCUUGAAUCGUUGUUUAUCCUCUGAAGACCUUAAUUAAAAAUUUG